GAAAAAAAAAAAAAAAAAGUCUACUGGAUUGCUGCUUUACCUCAAACGCUUUUGAAGCCUCCCUUUUGGACUCGGUCUUCGACAACACAACCAGAAAAACUCCCCCUUUUUCUUAAAUUCCAUCUCAAAUUCCCGGUCCUGAACAACCCUUCUCGUCGUCCCCUUCAUUGCUUUCAAUCUCAAUGGAAAAGUCCAGUUCUUUCAAGUACUACACGCAGCAAUCCGAUUUUGGAUUCAAUACAACCGAUCGCAGAUUAGCCUUUUCACGUCAAGCUUCAUUUAAGGAAUCAACCAAGCCUUUUCUCUCGCGUACUAGCUCGAGCAUCGAUAUCCCACCUGGGUUUUCUUACUUUAACGAUAAAAGUUUCGGUGAACCCGACAAGUUCUCGAUUUUUCGGGCUUUGAAGUCCAUGAAUCGCCCUAUGAAGAGAUUGUUCAUUUUGAUUUCGUUAAACGUUGCGUAUUCCACUGUCGAGAUGGCUAUUGGGCUCUUCACCGGCCGUGCUGGGUUGGUAUCUGAUGCGUUUCAUUUGACGUUUGGUUGUGGGUUAUUGACGUUUUCGAUGUUUGCUAUGGCAGCUUCCAGGCAAAAGCCUGAUAUUGUGUAUACUUACGGGUACAAAAGGCUUGAAGUUUUGUCUGCUUUUACCAAUGCUCUGUUUCUUUUGUUCAUGUCAUUCUCCAUAGCUGUGGAAGCACUUCAUGCGUUUAUGCAGGAUGAAUCCGAGCACAAACAUUAUUUGAUUGUUUCUGCAGUAACAAAUUUAUUAGUGAAUCUUAUUGGGGUCUGGUUCUUUAGGAAUUAUGCACGCAUUAAUAUUGUGUACAGAAAAGCGGAAGAUAUGAAUUACCAUUCAGUUUGCUUACAUGUUCUUGCAGAUUCCAUACGCAGUGCAGGCUUGAUAUUGGCAUCUUGGUUUUUGUCUCUCGGGGUUCAGAAUGCUGAAGUUUUAUGUUUGGGACUAGUUUCAGUUGCUGUUUUUAUGCUUGUCAUGCCACUUUUUAAGACAACUGGUGGUAUUCUUCUUCAGAUGGCACCACCAAGCAUUCCAGCGUCAGCAUUAAGCAAAUGCUGUAGACAGGUUACUUCUCGGGAAGAUGUUUUUGAAGUUUCCCAAGCUCGUUUCUGGGCACUAGUGCCUGGUCAUGUUGUUGGCUCAAUCUCACUUCAGGUGAAGGAGGGAACGGAUGAUCACUCCAUACUCCAAUUUGUGCAUGGUUUAUACCAUGAUUUAGGAAUACAGGAUUUGACAGUUCAAACUGAUUAUUGAUUGGGCUUCUUUUUUAAUUUUCCAAUUAGUAAUAGCUCUUUUAUUGAGGCCAAUCAUCUGUGGGAUGGCACACACGUUGUCUCAUGAACAGUUUUAUUUCUAGAUAGGACAUUUUUCUUUAAUUUUAUUUCUCAUGUUGAGAGCUUUUUGCUGCAUCACUCUGUAUUCUGAUUAAUUAUUCUUUGUCACCAAAGAAAAUAAGUUGACUUCGUUCGAAACC